GAAAAGUCAUUCACAACAGUGAGUGCGAAGAGCAGACAUCUGGACAGCAGAGGACUUUUUUUUUUUAUUAUUUCCAAAAUCCACCUUGGGGAAUUGUCGCUCUGUAACUCUGACAAAGUUUUUUGGUUUUUUUUAACUUUUGCAUUCGUAUCUGGUGAAAGAAUGGACAAAAUGUCAGAAGAGGUGAAGCCAGAGAGUUUGUCGUUGUGUCCUCUGGGCACAGCUGCUGCCCCAGAGCCAGAGCUGCUGUGUAUCUUUGGGACGGGGGACUUAGGACGCUCUCUGGGUCUGCGUCUGCUGCAGGCUGGCUACAGGGUGGUGUACGGCAGCCGCAGACCACACAGCUGUGGCCCAUUGCCUCAGGGAGCUCAGGUGAUGAGCCAUGUGGCAGCAGCCCAGUCUGCCCCUCUGGUCUUAAUGUGCAUCCAGAGAGAUCACUACGAUUUCCUGGAGACACUUGCACCUCAACUCAAGGGGAAGGUGUUGGUGGACGUCAGCAACAACAUCAAGAAGAAUAUGUACCCAGAAGCCAAUGCUGAGUAUCUACAAAGGCUGAUCCCUGCAGCUAAAGUGGUGAAAGCUUUUAACACUUUGUCUGCCUGGGCUUUGCAGAAUGGACCGUCGGAUGCCAACAGACAGGUGUUCCUGUGUGGAGACAGUAAAGAAGCAAAGCAGGCCGUUGCAGACAUGGCCACCAAACUGGGCUUUACUGUUCUGGAUAGAGGGUCUUUGUCUGUAGCCAGGGAACUUGAGGACUUCCCCCUGCAGCUUUUCCCAGAGUGGAGGCUGCCUCUACGUGUGGCCGUUGGCCUCACUGCCUUCUUCUUCUUCUAUGUGGUCCUUAGAGAUGUCAUUUAUGCAUAUGUUGUCCAGGGGAAAGACAUCUCCUUCAGGAUCAUGGUGUCUCUGGCAAACAAGGUGUUUCCCAUUGUGUCGCUCAUUAUGCUGGCACUGUGUUACCUACCUGGUGUCGUAGCUGCCUUCUUUCAGCUCUACAGAGGAACCAAAUACAAGCGUUUUCCCAACUGGCUGGAUCGCUGGAUGCUCUGCAGGAAACAGCUGGGACUGCUGGCACUUGGAUUUGCUUUUCUUCACGUGAUGUACACUCUCAUCAUCCCCAUCAGAUAUUAUGUGAGAUACAGGAUUGCUGCCAGAACCAUCUCAGAUAUCAGGGAGAACCGGACGAGCGAGUUCGACAGUACGUCAGCAUGGAGAACUGACUCCUACUACUCUGUGGGGAUUCUGGGCUUUGCUACGUAUCUCCUGCUGGGAAUAACGUCUCUGCCCUCUGUCAGCAAUGCUCUCAGCUGGAGGGAGUUUAACUUCAUACAGUCCAAGCUGGGCUACCUUACAUUGCUCCUCUGCACGCUUCACACCUACCUGUAUGGCUGGAACAGGUUCCUUUAUCCCUCUUCCUAUAAAUGGUACACUCCUUCUGCCUACCAGCUCUGUCUGGUGUUGCCCUCUGCAGUGUUGGUGCUCAAGCUGUUGCUGCUGCUGCCCUGGGUGGACCGCAGCCUUACCCGCAUUCGACAGGGCUGGGAGAGGAAGACUGAUCCAGAAGAAGCUAGCACGGGAUUGUUGUUGACAUAAGGUUAUUAGAAUUACAGUCAGUAAAAAGAAAAAUCAUCAAGUCAGAAUGGACUAUUUUAUUUGGACAUCAGUAUUUUUUCUAAUUCUUCAGGAAUAGAAGCAGAAGAAGAGGCUUCAUUUCCAUUUCCAUUGUAAACCAAUUUUUUUUUCUUGGAAUGAAAAUUCAGCAAUAACAAAAAUUACAAUUGGCUUAUUACACUCAAUCUCAUUUCACUCUUUGCCCCUACCACUUAGCCCUACCCCUCUGUUUUGGGCGUCCUUAUACAUGAGAUAGAGGGGGAUCGCAGAUGUACACUUCAAUUUGAAGGCUAUGAGAAUCGCCCCAAUUUAACUGAAUCCAGGGGAACUAGUAUUGGUGCUGUAAAGCCAACGUUGGUUGUGUAGAUAUGCUGAAUACAAUUAAACUGGUUUGAUAUUAAAGAAACUUGCAUUCAGGCAUUGGUGACAUUUGCUUCACCAAUGAUGUUUCCAAUUUGCUUCAGACAAGCUCAUAAUAAUUUGCAUAGUCCACAAUACUCAUCGCAAUAUAGCAACAUCUGAUAAUGGUUUUUCAUUUUCAUCACUUUUUAAGAUUGCAUGUUGAAUUGCUGGCUGCGUAAAUAAAGACUGGUCAUGUUCUUGAAGGGACAGUGCCAAUCCCAGCUCAUUGUUUUGAAUGUGACGACAGGGACAUCAACUGUUCUUAUCUCUAUCUUAUCUGCCACCCAGAUAAGAGAGAUGGCUAAGAGGAAAGAAAUUGAGCUUGUAACUGGAGGGUCACUGGUUAAAUCGGAGGAUGGCAGACAAAUGCGCCCAACUUUUGUGUGUGUUCACUACUGCUGUGUAAUAAGGAUGGGUUUAAUGCAGAGGUCAAAUUAACUCUCAAUAUUUGAUGUGUGUACAAAACUAACUAAUUCUUAUCUCUUUUUUUACUCCUGAGAAGACUGCCUCUCUUUAUGGACUCAUGUUGAAAUGAUUGUAUUUUAUAAUCAUAGCGUGUACAGUGGCAUGUGCCAUGUUCAAUUUAAGAAGCUGCCCUUUUUCUUCUUAAAGUCACAUAACAGCAACUGUGACAGACUCCUUUAACAUCAGCAGCAAGUGUUUGACUUUGUCAGAUUUUUGAGUUUCUCAACAGUGUUAAACUGCAGUGCAUGGCAGCUUUUGUUUAUAUGAUCUCUCUCUCUUUUGUAAAUGGUGUUUUAUUUUAAUUGUUUGUCACUACAUUAAAUGCUCUUCAAAUAAACUUCCUUGUAACCGA